AUAAUCUUGAAAAUCCAAUAGAAACCAGAACAAUUAACCCAUGCAACGCAAUAACCACCACAUAAUAAACAGAUGAUAAACAAGCAAACAUACCAAACCAAAUAAUCAGAAAUGGCUGCUACUCUCAAGAGUUUCUCUCCAUCUGCACAGUUUAUACAGCGCAGGAAGCAUCUGAGCCUCCCAAAAUCCCUACCUCACCACUUCUCCGCCCCCUCCAACCCAUUCUUGAACCCUAAUCUCGCAGUCCAAAUCCGGUGGCCCAUCAACGCCGUCACUGAGGAGAGAGAAGUCCCUGAGAAAACCGACGAUCAAGAUAAUGAAAAGGGCUCCAUUUCAAGAAAAAUGGAGGAAUUCAAGGAGGACUUUGUUAAUUCUGACAGGUUGCUUAAUGCUGCUAUAGUUCUUGGUGCUGGCACCCUUGCCAUCACCAAAUUGCUCACCAUUGAUCACGAUUAUUGGCAGGGAUGGACUCUUUAUGAGGUGCUGAGAUAUGCACCUGAGCACAACUGGACUGCAUAUGAAGAAGCUCUGAAAGAGCAUCCUGUGUUGUCGAAAAUGGUGAUAAGUGGGAUUGUUUACUCUGUUGGAGAUUGGAUAGCUCAAUGUUAUGAAGGGAAGCCUCUGUUCGAGUUUGACAGGACGCGUAUGUUUAGGUCCGGCCUUGUUGGGUUCACCCUCCACGGAUCGCUGUCCCAUUACUACUACCAAUUCUGUGAGGCUCUAUUCCCUUUCAAGGAUUGGUGGGUGGUCCCUGCCAAAGUUGCAUUUGACCAAACCGUCUGGUCGGCUGUGUGGAACAGCAUCUACUAUGUGGUGCUGGGAUUCUUGCGCGGUGAAUCCCUGGAGAAAAUUGUCAUUGAACUGAAAGCGACGUUUGUGCCUUUGUUGACUGCGGGUUGGAAGCUCUGGCCUUUCGCUCAUUUGAUCACCUACGGAGUGAUUCCAGUCGAGCAACGCCUCUUAUGGGUGGAUUGCGUGGAGCUGAUUUGGGUUACUAUACUCUCAACGUACUCGAAUGAGAAAUCUGAAGUGCGGAUAUCUGAGGCGUCUGAACCCAAUCCCAAUGGCAAGUCUAUCGAGUAAAUAAGCAAACAUGCUUCUUCAGAAGAUGUCUCCUUCACUUCGGACCAGUUAGCAGUGUUUUGAGAAAGCUAAAGAUCCGACAGGCUACGUACAAAAUACAUCUACAUCGUACAGUUUGAGAAUUUAUACGGUCUUGUAUAUUCUGUAUUAUGUUCUACUAGCUCUUGAAUCAAUUCGCAAGUUGUUGUAUAAUUAUGUACUAGUAGUAAAAUUCAGAGUCAUUUUGUCUAAACGAUUAUAGUUUUGCUUAUGUGGAUGAUUGAUGCAUCUAAAUCAAAAUGAUUUUACAGAAAAUUGAAUGAGGUUAAUUA